AUGACCGGCUUCAAGCCAGGUUACUUACAGGCCCUUUGCACUGUUCUAUUGUUGGUUAAUGAGCUCCCCAUGGAUUUGACGCGGUUUAGAGCGGUUGCCUUUCCGCCAAAUGCCAUCAAGCAUGUACCAUCAAGAGGACCAAGCGAAAUCCCCGACUUGGAACCCGCAAGGUGUGAAAUCCCGUUGUCGUCUCGAAGCUCCGAUACGCCCCCCCACCGUGAGGACCAGCUUUCAGGCGCGAAGGAAAACAUUGAAGGAAAAUUGCAGGUUGAUGGCAUUCUCUCUCCGGACAGCCACGAGCUUCUCGAAAGACCCUCCCAAGAUGGUGAUGGCUCUGUUGAUUCAUUGAACGAGCCCUCCGCUAGCGAUAUGGAAAUUCAACGCGAUACAGACAGGGAGAAGCCAGAUUCUCUAGCCAAACAACCUGUCAGUACCAGUCGCAACCAAAAUACGGAGAGUCGUAGAGUAGACCAUGGUAAAAAACUGGAACAACUUCAUAAGGCAGAAGAAUUACCGGGAGCGGCUGAGAACGUUGGCCAAAGCACUGAUUACCCCCACCUCACCUCCCACAAUCGAUACAAUCCCGAUGGAGGACACCCCUGGCCAACAUCACAAUACCGCCUGAGCGAAGUGCAUCCAGGAUACCCGUCGGUUCCCAAUCAUAAUGACUAUCGCGUUCGCCCAGUUAGGGAUCAAUCAACUUUGCAUUACCAACUACAUUACUACGAUGUCUGGGCACCCAUACCAGCCUAUCAACUCCACCGAGCUUACGCGUAUUUACCGGUGCCAAAAGAUGGGCCUUUCUCUUCAACCGUCCCACCCGUCUACGAUCAAUCGUAUGCUCACCCCGGAUUAUUGCAUCCAACCCACGACACCAGCUUUCAAGUAGACUACGGACACACAUUACCAGCCCGCGCGCAAGCCAUGGGUGAUUCGUCUACUUUAGGACGUUUUCCUGAUCAUAAAUCCAGCUCUAAAUCUUUCCCUUCCAGAUUCAAACAGCCAAAUAAAGGAAUGUAUCAGCGCAACAAAUCCGCUCCCCUCUGGAGAACUAAAGAUCAAGCUAGCUCAUCAACCAGUCUUUCUACAGAAAAGGCGCCCGGAAGCUCCAGCUCGGAAACCUGGUCUACAACAGGAGAAUCCAGCGACACACUUGAGUUCCCAAAGGAGUCUCUGCAGCUAUCACCAAGUUCAUGGUCAAUGUCACAACAUGAACCCAAGACAAAUCAAGAAAAUGCCGAAAUUGAAGAUAAACUUCAUCCGGGCAGCCCGCGUUCUGUGGAUAUCGAAAGCACAAGUGGCACGCACGGGACUCUUGGAAAAGCAAAAGAAGCUUCCCAAUACAACUCCUUUACUCCCGAAGUACAUUAUCGACCCACUGAAUACUCUAAGAAAACUACUAAUGAUCCUGAUCAAGUUCCGCGAAUCAUGCCAUCUGAGUUAGAGAAAGAAUCCACCAGGCGCCAAAAUUUGAAAUCUUCCCAAGGAUUUCCAAAAGACCUGGAUAUCUCCAAAGGCAAGGAACUAGCGUCCCCCGAAAAAGUACCUUCAGCGUCAGAGUCAAAUGCUGGAGACUCUUCGCAUGAUAGAACUACUUUGGAAAAUGUUAAUACUCAGGAAGUUUCUGAGCGAGGAAGUAUUCAGGAAGCUACUGAACGAGUAGAGCAGGUGCCUCAUGGCCAAGCACUACCACCUCGUCUUGAGCCAAAAAACGAAGGGUCAUCCCAGUCGUUCGAAGGAAAGCCCACGGAUGUUAGGACUGCAGCUGCGAAGCUAGAUGUGAUUAGCAACCAAAAAAAUGAUGUUUUAGGAAUGCGCUCCAGUUUUAGCGCGGACAGGAGCCGUGAUGUUGUCAAACUUGUGCAAAAAAAUAGGUUUGAAGUUCUCGAUAAGGUAGACCCUAGUGCGGCAUAUGACGAAAAACUUGAAGCAGCCGAAAAGCGACCUAAAUCAGCGGAGAAGCAUCCUGAAACAGCUGUGGCGCAGUCCAAACCGGCUGUGGAGCCACCUAAGGUAGCUGAGGAACACCAUCGAGCAGCCGAGGAGCACACUAGAGCGGCUGAGCGGCUGGCGGAAAGCGAAAAUCCUGAAAAUGCUGGGAGUACUGCGCAUCAAAGAACGAGCGACUCUGAGCGUGUUGCUGUUGCCUCUAGGGGAACUUAUGAUCCUAGGAUAAUUUUAGAUUCUGCGAGGCCUUACCUGAAAUCUAAAGUGAAGUUGGUUUUCGAUGCAUGGGACAAGGUCCCAAGUCUUCGAUCAUCAGUCCCAUCAAUCCAGUUUCCGAAAUUGUCCAGGCAAGCUUUUAUACGAAAGGUGGUAGAGCAUUCGCCAUCAUUGCCCUCAGGAACAUCGCUUUUGAAUUUCGUGACUAACUCCAAAUCAAAGUUUGGAAAUAUGAUUGGAAGACGAAUCGGAUAUAACAGUCACUCAGUUCCUCAUGCGGUCAAAGAAGAUCCAACUCAGAUAAUAUCGACAGAAGAGCCGAAAAAUAUCAAGCGGAUUGAUGCCUCCCAGUCGUCUCGUUUCUCCCCAACACCCUCUCUGAAGUCUCUGGAUUCUAAAUCAUACAAAUCACCAACAACGCCUCGAAGAGAAGAAACCCCACAGUUUUCCGACGAAGUUUCUGAAAGUCGGAAUGGACGACCGGGGUUGAAUGUAGACAAUUUUAUCGAUGGCCGGCCAAGUUUAAGUUCACGAAAUAGAAAAAGACUUCGCUAUGCCAAACUCAAGUCCAAGGAAGACAUGCCGAGUUAUGUUCAAGAGUACAUCGCUCAGAAUGCGGGGUCUAGGCAUCAGGAAAUUGAACUACUUAGGGUCCUUGGAAAGUACAUGAAGGCAGACAUUGUCGGCAGGUACACUCCAGUAUACUUAGAUGAAAAAGCGGCUCAUGUAAAUAAAGAAGCAGUUCACUUGAUCCAAGAAGCAGGCAACUCAGAAAAACAUGCAGUUCUCUCAGACGAAAAAGUGGGAGACUUCAACAAAGAAGACCCCGACCUCGAAGCCAUGAAUGAAUAUAUAGUCAAAAUGCACGACGGAAACUUCGGAGGCAAACAAUGGAAGUGGCUGACUGAAAAGAUUGGUGAAGUCGAAGGGAAAAGAAGGUGGAAAGCGCUGAUCAGACAAUUUAAUCAACCCAGAAUCCUGCUUGGAUUUGGGGGAUUCAAGAGACUGGCUCCUUACUGGAAAAUUGCAAGACUCGGAAGGGUUCUGAAACUGGGAGAACUUUGGCCAACAUUUUAUGAUGCGAAGUAUGCGGAUUAUUGGUGGUUGACAGAGGCCCUCCGAAACCCCUCCCUCAAGAUAAUCCUGAUUGAUAUCUUGGGCAAAGAAGAACUAGCCUACAGGAUGAACAAUAUUUUUGUCAUGGCUCGUCGUGUCUAUCCUCGCAAUUGGUUGGAUCCAAGUGAUUUGAGAACAGCUUACCAGCAAGGGCUUGACACGACUCGUAUUGUAAUUAUUGGUGAUUUUCUUCAAUUUGGAAGUAGCUACCUAAGCCUUGAAGCGGAGAAGACUUGGCUUCUGAGGGAUCCACAUCGAGAAAAACUUUACAAUGAUAGGUUUGAACUGCUGAAACACAAGUGGAAAUACGACAUGAAACUAUCACCAGAACAACUUGCCGACAUUCAUCCUGAGUUGCAACAAGAAUUGACCCAAAAGGAAAAGUUGUCAUCAGUCUGGUGGAAUCCAUCAGACGUGCUGGAGUGGCGAGAAUACCAGAUGGACCUCCUAACUAUGGCUAGAAUUGGCAUGGAAUUGAAGAUACCAAAAGAAAGAAAUCUUGAAAUUGAUUUAGAAGAACUAGAGAAAAUUUUGGAAAAGAAAAAAGAAGUUUCAAAAGAGAUGAAACAAAUUAUCCAAGAUUGGUUUAAAAAUAAUGCAAAUUCACCAUACAAUGAUCCAAUCUAUCUGGGCUCAGAAGGUAUACCACCACCUCCUACGUUUUUGGGUGCCUUAUCUGAUGUUAGAGACUUCUUAUCAAUCAGUUUCUGA